GACGUCCUCAGAAUACGGUUAGACGUUAAAUUUCGAAGUGACACUUGAGCGAUCUGCCUGUCAGGAAGUUGAAAACCGCUACGUUUGCAGAGAGUGGAGGAGGAAUAGGAGGAUGGAAGGAAAAAAUACCUCGGUGAACCUUUGAACCUUCUUCUCGAACAGUCACAAGACUAGGUUCGUAUACUUCCUAAUCGGAGUUGGAUAUCACACAUAUACCGAUGCAGGCGACCCGGUUCACUAACAGUGAUUCGUUUGGAUAAAGAAAAUAAAACGAACGGAAAACAAGGCGAGAGAGUUGCACCACGGUACUCUUCUACGCUGCUGAAAGAGAGUCGUUAGGAUCAGGAAAGAGAAAAUAAGACGACCAUCAUGUCAUCUGUUCAUUUCAAUCCAGGGUCGGAUUCCAAGGAAGUUAAUGGUGUAGAGAAGCUGGAGGAGGCUAAGGUGGAGAUAGACGAUGGGAAGGAUGAGAGUGCUGAACCUGAUACCAUGUAUCAACGAAUUCGGAGGAAGAUUACGCCUUUUGUCAUGUCUUUCGGAUUCCGUAUGUUUGGUGUGGUACUGAUCAUAGUGGAUAUAGUGCUGGUGAUAGUAGACCUGUCUCUGAUGACGCGGAGCAGAGAUGUGGGGGACGUUCUAGAGACGGUCUCUCUCAUCAUCUCUCUGUUCUUCCUCACCGACGUACUGCUACGGGUCUAUGUAGAGGGGUUCAAGGUGUACUUCAGUUCCAGACUGAAUAUCAUAGAUGCCUGUAUCGUUGUCAUCACCCUGGUUGUCACUAUGAUCUACACCUUCUCUGACCUGACAGGGGCCAGCCUCAUACCCAGGGUGGUGACGUUCCUGCGUUUUCUGAGGAUUAUAAUCCUGGUCAGGGUCUUCAGAUUAGCCUCUCAGAAGAAAGAACUGGCAACGCAGUUUUUUUUUUUAGGUCAUUUUUAUUUAAAAAAAAUUCGGGGUUCAGUGUCUGAGAACAAGCGUCGCUACCAGAAAGACGGCUUUGACCUGGAUCUCACCUACGUCACAGAUCGUGUCAUUGCCAUGUCGUUCCCCUCCUCUGGGAAACAAGCCCUGUACAGAAACCCCAUCAGGGAGGUGGCUAGGUUCCUAGAUACCAAACAUGAAGACCACUACAGAGUAUACAACCUCUGCAGUGAGAAAGGUUACGACCCCAAGUUCUUCCACUACAGAGUAGAGAGGGUGUUUAUCGAUGACCACAACGUGCCUUCUCUAGAGGACAUGCUGAAGUACACUGCAGGUGUGAGAGAGUGGAUGGCAGCUGAUCCCAAAAACAUCAUUGCCAUACACUGUAAAGGAGGAAAAGGGCGUACAGGGACUCUGGUGUGUACCUGGCUCAUCGACAGUGACCAGUUUGAGAGCGCUCAGGACAGCUUGGACUACUUUGGGGAGAGGAGAACAGACAAGAGCCGCAGCUCCAAGUUCCAGGGAGUGGAGACCCCGUCUCAGAGCAGGUACGUGGGUUACUAUGAAGUGAUGAAGACUAAGUUCAACCGACAACUUCCUCCAGAACAGAGCCUGAAGAUCAAGAGCAUCCGCAUCCACUCCAUAGCAGGUGUGGGUAAAGGGAAUGGUAGUGACUUGAAGGUGAAGAUCAUUGUAAGGAAGAAGCUGGUGUUCCUGUGUGUCUGUGCCAAACAAGAGAACUGCACGGUGUUUCCUGAUGCUGGUAACAACUCGGUGGUGAUCAGCCUGCAGGAGGGGCCUGUUGUCAACGGUGACGUUAAGGUCAUGUUUGAGUCCUCUGCUGGUCUCCCUAAAGGAUAUGAAGACUGUCCUUUCUAUUUCUGGUUCAACACCUCCUUUAUAGAGAACAACAGACUGGUCCUGUCUAGAGAAGAAUUGGACAACCCCCACAAAGCCAAGACCUGGGAUCUCUACAAGGAGGCCUUUGGAGUCACCCUGUCUUUCUCUGAACCAUGACCUCUGACUUUUUAAUCCCUGUCCAACUCUGAGCCCUUACCCUGAUAACAAACCUGUCUGUGUGCCAAACAGCACUCUGUAUAGUGCACGGUCAGACCAGAGCCCCCAUGGGGCCUGUAUAUAACUAAAGUGCUGUGUAGAGAUUAGGGUACCAUUUUGAGAUUCAUGCCUUCUCUGACCCCGUGAUAGUCCUGUCAGACUAAAGGGCCUACACCUCCUGAACAAAGCCAAAGACACUCCACUACCAGAAACGACUGGAUGUGUCCCAAUCCUCUUAUCCUUUCUCCUAGAGUGUGCACUCGUUCACUUCCUCUAUCAUUUGAUAAGAAAAAUGACUGGUAUAAGAAAUAUGGUAGAAACUCCCACCAAUCCAACUUGGGGAAGCAGCGACGGUUUAUUUAGGAGGAAGGUGAUUAUUAUUGGGACUGAGUCCCUGGUGUCUGUCUGUUUGCACUGAGCCAUUAGAUCCUCUGUGGUCAAAUCUGUGGAUUUUCAUUUUUUUUUUUUUUUAAACAUUUUUCUACAUUUAUGUUAGCAAACAAAAAGGGAUCGUUUGGAUGUGAGGGAUGUUCAAUACUUAAACCUUAAAGAUGUGGAGACCGUGGAAGAUUUAUGGGCCAGUUUCCCGGACAUAGAUUAAAUGUAGUCCUGGACUAAACAGCUGUUUAAAUUGAACGGUUUUUUUUUCCCAGGUCUAGAAUAAUCUGAAACCAGGCUUAUAAAUGUAACUGAAUAUUAUAUGCUAAUAUUAUCCUGUCAAUACGAAGGGGUAUACUAAAGAGCAAGAUCUAUAAAUUAGCAAACUAAACUUUUAAAUAUUCUGAAAUAACUUUUGAAAAUAACUUUCUGAUAAACUUGAAAUAGGCAUGGUCUAAUUGACUCGACAACCAAAAACACAUUUCUGAGUUUAACCUUCUUAAUGAAUCAGAAAAUCAAUAGAUAUUUCUUGUUGUUUAUCAGUUAGCUGGCUAACUUGUUGAUCCUGCAUUGCAGUAGAGCCCUCUGGAUAGUGAAUGGGCUGUAGGUGAGGAAGACUGGGGUUCUGUUUCACUAAAAUAUCAGUGUUCCAGCUUAAAAUAAAUAAAGAUAUUUCCACGUGU